AAAAGCGUGUCCCUGGCUUCACUGGGCGUCAGGUUGGUUUAUUCGCUCUGGAAGUGUCAGAGAAUAACACGCUGAGGUUGCAAAGAUGAUCGAGCAGUUUGUUGGCACUUGGAGGCUGGAUAGCAGCGAGAACUUUGACAACUACAUGAAAGCAGUCGGUGUGUGCUUGGCAACCCGGCAGAUGGGCAACCUGGUCAAACCCAAUUUUAUAGUGUCCGUAGACGACCAGGGACUUAUAAGCAUGAAAUCUCAAAGCACGUUUAAAACUACUGAAAUAAAGUUCAGACUCGACGAGGAAUUUGAUGAAACCACCGCAGACGACAGGAAAACGAAGACUGUGAUAACAAUGGAAAAUGGUAAACUUAUCCAGACACAGAAAUGGAAGGGCAAAGAAACCAGUAUAGAGCGGGAGAUCACAGAUGGGAAAAUGACUGUAAAAUGCAUUAUAGGAGACGUGGUCGCAAUGAGGACAUAUGUAAAGGCAUAAACCCCUUGGAUACUGUUGUUCCGUUGCUGGAUGACUCACUGAAAUAAGUCUAUAUAAACUUCCAACUUCAACAGUUGGACAAGUCUUCACAUGUAUAGGGGUGAGAAUCUCUGUAGGCAAACCUGUGCAAAACCGUCAUGCCCAUUUUUCAACUUGAAUGUGUUGUGACUUGAAUAAAUAUUCAGUUUCUGGUA